CAUCAAGGAGUCAUGUCAAGUCAAGUCAGUUUGCAGGAGCGCGAUGAUACAGCCCCGAGACUCGAAGAUCUCGCCUCGACGCUAACAGCUCUUCGGCUCUACGUCACAUUUAAAGGACAGCAUUUUCCUGCCACACGUUAAGGCAGGACGGCCAGUGUGUGCAGUCUCCUCCAGGGUUCAGCGGAGCAGGACCAGGGCUCCCUGCAGGCCAGUGCAGUGUCGGCUGCGGGACCCCCAGGAGGCAAGCUGGAAGGCGGGGUGCUGGAGGGGGCCGAGGGCCCGGCCUUCGUCCUCAGGCACAGGGGCCACGACGACAUGAGUCCCCGCGAGGCCCUGCCCGAGGGCCCCAAACACAACGGGGAAAUCCCAGAGCUCAAGGAGCAGAGGGCUUUGGAGAAGGAGGAGGAGCGGGAGGAAGAGGAGGAGAAGAGCUCGGACGAGGGCUUCAUGGGCAUGACGCCGCUGCUGCAGGCCCACCACGCCAUGGAGAGGAUGGAGGAGUUUGUGCACAAGAUGUGGGAGGGCCGAUGGCGGGUGAUACCGCACGACGUCCUGCCCGAUUGGCUGAAGGACAACGACUUCCUGUUGCACGGGCACCGGCCGCCCAUGCCCUCCUUCAGGGCCUGCUUCAAGAGCAUCUUCAGAAUCCACACCGAGACGGGGAACAUCUGGACACAUCUUCUGGGCUGCCUGUUUUUCCUCUGUCUGGGGAUAGUCUACAUGUUCCGGCCCAACAUGUCGUUCGUGGCGCCGGUCCAGGAGAAGGUGGUGAUCGGCAUGUUCUUCCUGGGAGCCAUCCUCUGCCUGUCCUUCUCCUGGCUCUUCCACACCGUGUACUGCCACUCGGAGGGCGUGUCCCGGGUCUUCUCCAAGUUGGACUACUCGGGCAUCGCCUUCCUGAUCAUGGGCAGCUUUGUGCCCUGGCUGUACUACUCCUUCUACUGCUCCCCGCAGCCCUGCUUCAUCUACCUGAUCGUGGUGUGCGUCCUGGGCAUCUCCGCCAUCAUCGUCUCGCAGUGCGACUUCUUCGCCACACCGCAGUACCGCGGAGUCCGGGCCGGUGUGUUUGUGGGUCUGGGCCUGAGUGGAGUGGUCCCCUCGCUGCACUUUGUCAUCACCGAGGGGUUUUUGCGGGCCACCACCAUGGGCCAGAUGGGCUGGCUCCUCCUCAUGGCCACACUCUACAUCACCGGAGCCUGUCUGUAUGCCGCCCGCAUCCCGGAGAGGUUCUUCCCUGGAAAGUGUGACAUUUGGUUCCACUCUCACCAGCUGUUCCACAUCCUGGUCGUGGCGGGAGCCUUCGUCCACUUCCACGGCGUCUCCAACCUGCAGGAGUUCCGCUACACGGCCGGCGGGGGCUGCGCCGAGGAUGGUGCCCUGUGAGCGCGCGCGGCCGUGGCACCGACACGUGCCACCAGGGGGAGCCAGCAGAGCAGCGAGCAAAACACGUCUUUUUGGUCCACCAGGAUGAACAUAAGAGGACGAAGUCAAGGACAAGGUUUCUUUUCUUUUUGAAAACUACCUAAGUCUUGGCUUUUCUCUGUAAUAAACUGCACCAAUGGGAGAAAUUAAGAUUCAGAAAAGACAUAUUUGUAGAUAACUAAUAAAUUAUAUAGUCGCAAAGCCAAUUGUCAAUAUUCUUAAAAAUACCGAGACACACAAAAUGUAGGUUUUGUUGAGAGUGGGUCUAAAAUGCUUUCAUGCGACAAAAAAAUUUGUGUGUGAAGAGUUUCUUUUUCUCUUCCAUAAGUGCGGGGGGUGCUUUUAAACAGAUUUUUCAUGUACAUAAGAUUUCUAACUUUGGGUUAUAUAGAUUUGUAUUAUAUAUAUAAAAGUAACAAAAUCAACCAAAAAAAUGUUUAAGCUAUAAGAAGAAAAUGAGAAAUUUAAAUGAAUUCAAGAUUAUAAGAAAAAAAAGGUUUAAAAGGCAAAAACAAAUGCAAAACCAGUCAUUUUUUAGGAGGGAAGAGUUUGCUGGAAAUGCCACACGCACUGUCAAAGUUUACUUGCACAAUGAGGUUAGACAUCUGGUGGGGAGGGGGGCUGGGCCAGACUACUGUCGGGGCUAACGGUGGCCCGCGAUUGGUCCGUUGAGUCCCGGACAAGGUAGAGCACAGUCCCGCCCCCAGGGUCAGCUGUAUGUGGAAAUGGGGGAAGUUGGCCACCAGUGGUAAAAUGGACACCUUGUUCUAGCAGCUGUUCUGUUAAGUACAUUAUGAUGUAAAAGGGGCGGAGCCACAUUAGGGUCAGUUCUCCUGUGAAGCAGGGUGUAAUUAACGAGAGAGCUCUCUUAUUACCCUUUCCACUUUAUACUCAUUUACCGGACUCCAUAUGUAGUGUGAUGGGCUUUCUCUAGCUAUUCCCCUCUCCUCUCUCUUUUAUCUCUGCUAUCUCUUCUCCACAUUAAUCUGGAGUCAAGCUCUGGCUGAAAUAAAUUAUGGGGUACACAAAUUAUAAUUUUUUUUUUUUUACUGGAAUGAGGUGCUUGUCUGGAAGUGGCCCUGCAGAAAGGAAUCUGAUCUAUGAGUGAAGAUAUGCUGUGACCUCCCCCCUCUGCCCCACCCAAACAUGGGGCAGCCUGCGUUUCGGCAGGGAGCCCACGCACCCACAUCCCUCCCCUAGCUCCCAGGCGGAUCUGCCGAGUUCCAGGAAUUCAGAGUUUAGAGCCCACCGCCCCCCCUCUGGUUACCGAGCAACCACCCAGCCCUCUCAGAACGUAAGCGGAGGAUGUGAGACAUCGCGGGGAGAGCGGUGGUGUGGAAGUAGAGACAGGCCCCAGAGCCCACGGUGUAUCUGCGCAGACAGCAGCGCACGGUCCUCCUCCUCCUCAUACCUGUAACCACAGGGCUCUACCAUUAAUCUCUGAGUGUGUGCCACACACAGGCCUCUUUGUCUUUUCCAUAUUCAUUAUCUCCUGAACAUCAACUGUCACCUACCACCGCAUCACACGCACGACUUCAUUCCUCCCCCUCGGACCCAGGACCUUGGGGGCGUGGCCAGACCUGGGUUACGCCGCUAGGCCGCUUGCUGGGGACACGGGCUGAAGCUAACAUGCAGAACAAAGAAGCGCAUGCAAGCUUGUUUAUUAAAAACAUGAAUACAUUUUCAUUACUAUCAUCAGUUUCCAUUGAGAAGUAUUAGGAUGGAUUAGGAUGGGAGCAGAUAAAGGAAUUGUAUAAUUCUGGAAGAAGCAGUUGAAAGACAGGCCGGAGGGUGUAAAGGCGUGUUCGCCCCGCAUAGGGUUGUGGCACACACCUGCACACGCCUCAGACGAGCUCUCUCUCUACAUGUUCCCAUUUCAUGUCUGAUUGCGUUCUCCCUCACACACAUACAAUGUGUGAUUUUCAUCUGCUUAACACGUGCAGGUUGUGACCUCCACUCCAGAAUGCUUGGGAUAACGUUUCAGCUUUAGCGUCUUUUAAAGAUGUAGUCACGACUCUUAAUCCCAGGUCAGAGCUCCACAUUGUCCUCCACAGAGAAAAUACAGAGAGGGUUUCAUCUGGUGACCGGCUGAGCAGGGGCCUUUCAAGUGAAUUAUAGGUAGGGGGGUUCGGUCAGGCAAUGCAAACAGCUUUCACUUGAAACCAGCUACCGUGAGAUUCGUUUUUCACCUUUAAAAAAAAUAAAAUAACGGGACAUUUCUGGUUGUUGAACAUUGAGGGUGAGAAACCCUGUGGAAUCCAGGCAGGCCGUUGUGGUAGGCCGCCUGUAGGGGGCAGUGUUAUCUUCAUGUUCUCCUCUUUCAAUUCUCUCGUUUGUCCUUGUGUUUCCUGAUUAGGGGUGCUUUGCAUUCUACUUUCCAUCUUCCAAAGUUGAGGCCUUGUUUCAUUGUGAAAUUUAAGAUAACAGAAGCAUUUAAAGAAAACAAACUGCUGUUUUUUUUAAAUAUAUAUUUUUUUCUUUUUGCGGAGUGCAUAACGUUUGUUGUGAAAGCACACGUAUAGUUCUGAAAGGGUGUGUGAUUGCGAUUAGGAUCUUUAUAUCUGCUGUAUUGUUCUAAUAAAAAGUUUUUUGAAUCAAAA